GCCAGCAGAAGUUCUGCGACCGUCAACGCGAGAGCCCGUCGCGCGAAAUAAGCUUGACAGCGUACACGUAAAACGCAAUACGUGCCAACAUGUUUACCUUGUGUAUGUCCCGCGAACACCCGCCUCCGCAAGAGCCGCUCCACAAUCAAACUAGAAACAAUGUGACAAACAAGCAAGUUAAAGGAGGGUACCUACUUCGUUAUAGACGCGGCAUCUUCUGCAAAGGCUGGAGCGAAGAAUGGAUGGUGCUGUACGAAGACUCGACGUUGGCGUGGUACGCCGACAAGGGUCUUAGCAGGCCGCGGGGCCACGUGCGCAUCUCGGAGGCCCCGGAAUUGCUGGCGGUGGGCGAGUGGACUCGGCAGGUGCCCCGCAGGCCCCGUUUUCCAGCGCAGUGCCACGUGGGACAGCUGCUGGCCAUCGGAAGCAGAGCCUUCCAGGAUGUGCACUGGCUGAUGGCGCAGUCGACAGCAGAAAUCAACGAUUGGAUGACGGCAAUCAGCAAUACUUUGCCACCACCCCCGCACCUGCCUUUGGAAGACAAAAGACUAUCGCUGACGCCCCAAGAGAUGCAAGUGAAAACAAACAAAUCCAGGGUAGCCAACGGAUGCGCGUUGCCGGUGAGGAACGGCAACGUGGCGGCGGGCCGACGGCACUCGCCCGCCAACAUCGGCAACGGCGCUGCGGUGGGAGCGGGAGCGGCAACAACGGCGGCAACCACGACUACAACGGUCGCGGCCUGCUACAACAACGUGAAACACAAUGCUCACACCAAUCACAGUCAAAUUAGUGAUUUAUUAAUAACGGACUCCAAAGCAGAGGAAUCUUGUGGAAUGGUUGGUUACAUUGACAUUGGAGCUUUUAAACAAAUAAACGUUUUUUCCAUUAAAACAUCAUUCUCUCCGACUCAGGCCUACGAUGCGGAUCACACGGUCCUUUCGGGCGUGGUAAUCGACUGGGGCCAUGGCUGGGGGUGGGGCCAGGCCGCCUGGGCUGCGCAGACUGCCUGCGCGCACGAGGCUGCAGUCACCAGCGCCAUCUAUUGCCACGCGGCGGACGACUACGCGCUGGGAGGCUACGACGAAGUCGAUUGGAGCGCUUUCGGCGAUUUCAGCUUCUAA